AUGCUCAAUGAUGAACCCGUUAUUGUUUAUCUUAUACAUUUGACAAAAUUGCUUCGCUAUGAAUUAUUACAAAUGUCAACAAUGAAUUUAAAAGCAUUGAAAUGCAAUUUGAAUAAUACAGAUCAUCUUACGCUACGACCGAAUGCACAGGAAAUCAAAUCAAUAAGUGAUGAGUGGAAUAAAGAAAUCAAUCUAUUAUUAGCACAUCGGAAAAAGAUCAAUGAAAAAUUGAUAAAUCAAAAAAUCGAGAACUACCUAGAUCAAGUUCGGACCAUUGAAGAAGAAAAUAAACAUUUAAAAAUUGGUUAUGAUCUCAAAUGUAAACAAGCUCAUGGAAGAAUUGAUUAUAUAAAAAAACUCUCAAUCGAUAUAGUCAACAAUGUCAAACUUAUUGGACAACUUUUACAUGAAGCAAAAUUUAGAUCAAACAAUUUCGAUAUAGAAAAUAGCGAUACAUUGUUAAACGACACAGUACAAAUUGUAAGGGAAUUACUUAGAGUUCAAUAA